AUGGGCUUUUCUUGUCCUCCAAUCGCUCCUCCUCACUCUAACCGGAACGCUCUCCCGCCCCACCAACGCUGCCAACAACUCGGAGCUGCCCGUAUUGAUGCCGCACGGCAUUCUACGAGUUGUCCGCCUACGUUCCCUCCCCCUUCCCCUGUCAUUUCCAAGCCUCCCGCACGCUCCACCUCACCCCAUGUUUCCCCUGCUCUGCCGCUUCCUGCCGCCUCUUUCCCUCAUCCCCCCCUCGUCCUGUUUCCCCUAUCCCCCGCAGCUUCCGCCCCCCAUGCCUCCGCGCUCUACAUCGUCCGCCUGCGCUCUGCACCACCAGUCGCCUCGUACCGCGGUGGAAUCCCCGGCUUCCCGGCAACGGCCGUGUGGGGCAGCGACCCUAACGGCAACACAAUAGAUGCGUCGGCGGACGAUGCAGCCAACGGUGCCGAUGCAGCCAACGGUGCCGAUGCAGCCAACGGUGCCGAUGCAGCCAACGGUGCCGAUGCAGCCAACGGUGCCGGCGCGGCAGCUCGCUCAAACUCCUCUGUUGCAAGCAACGGUGGCGUUGGCGCUGCUUCUGGUGCUCCUGUAACGGCUGCGGCUGCUGUCACUGCCAGCGGAGGGGGGACCAGCCGUCGGGCUCGCCGGCGGCCGCGGUUGAACAUGAGGGCGCCGGGCGUGAGGGCGUUCAAGCAGCUGCUGCAGCGCAUGCAGCAGGCCGUGCUGAGAGACAGCGGGGUGGACGCGGGGAAGAUGCUCUACAGCUACAAGCACACAGACAACGGCUUUGCAGCGAUCCUCACGGCAGCGCAGGUGCAGCGUAUGAGGCGGCACCCCUCUGUGGCGUCCGUCACGCCCUCUCGCACCAUCACACGCCGCACCACUAGCAGCACCGAUGCGUACAAGUCCUUCAAGCUGCCCGAUGCCCUCCCUUCUGCUGCUGCUGCUGCUGCUGCUGCUGCUCCCGUUGCUGCCACUCCCACUGCUCCUGCUGCUACAACUCCUGCUUCCGCCGCUACUACUGCUGCUGCCACUCCGGCUGGAGCGUCGAGCGACGGUGGCGAGGGCACGGUGAUUGGGUUUGUGGACAGCGGUGUGUGGCCGGAGCACUCCUCCUUUAACGACACAGGCUACAGCAGCACGCUCCCUGCCGGGUGGGCGGGCACGUGUCCCACUACAAGCGAUUUCGCUUGUAACAACAAGAUCAUCGGAGGGGGCAUCUUUUACGCGGGGCUUGAGAGCGAGAAUCGGGUGUGCUGGGUGAGUGCAGGGGUGUGCUGGGUGAGUGCAGGGGUGUGCUGGGUGAGUGCAGGGGUGUGCUGGGUGAGUGCAGGGGUGCUGGUGAGUGCAGGGGUGUGCUGGGUGAGUGCAGGGACGUGUGCGGCAGCAGGCAACAGUGCCAUCAGCAUGCCUGGCGGGAGCACCAUCGGUGGCGUGGCUCCCAAGGCACGCCUGGCCAUAGCGGCAGCGGGCAACAGUGGGGUUGAAGUGCCUGGCCGGGGCACCAUCAGUGGCGUGGCUCCCAAGGCACGCCUGGCCAUCUACAAGGUCUAUUGGUAUUAUGGAUACCCUGGUUACAUGGACUUCGGCGCUACAUACGCAGACGUCUUUGCAGCCGUGGAUCAGGCCGUGGCGGACGGUGUGGAUGUGCUGGCCGUGUAUCUUCUUGGCGUACAACAGUCAUACGCUCACAAACGAAACUACUUUGAAGAUGUGCCUUUCAUCGGCGCCCUUGCGGUGGGUGUGAGGGGCGUGCAGUGGGUGUGA